GUGUGUGAGUCACUCAUGAGCAUCAAAGAAGAUUCAUUAUCCUCAGCCUGAAUUUUUGUUUAGAAAAGAAGCACAAGGUAGUUCCGUUCCAGCCCAAACAUCCAUGGUCAUAGCUUUUGGGUGCUCUGGAAGAAGAUUGCAUGUGUUCCCCUUCCUCUAUGCUCCUGGCUUGACUCAGAGGGCAAGAAGAGAUAAUGGUGAUGACAUCUGAUAAGACUAGGGUGCUCAUUCCCUUCCAUUGCUAAACCCCGGUUCCUGCCCCCUGUUUCUUUUUGCUGUUGUCCUGAGAUUUGGCGCUGGUUUUUGUUGGGGAUUUCUUUUCCCCCAUCCUGAUGAGGGCACCACUGCAGACCAUGCUGUGCCUGGGGUUGUGGGCAGCUGCCCUGCUCUGCUUGUUUUCCCCUGGCACCGUGCGAGGUGACUGCUGGCUGAUCGAGGGGGACAAAGGCUAUGUGUGGCUGGCCAUCUGCAGCCAGAACCAGCCCCCGUAUGAGACCAUCCCCCAGCAUAUCAACAGCACGGUGCACGACUUGCGUCUGAAUGAGAACAAACUCAAAGUGGUGCUGUACUCCUCCCUAAACCGCUUUGGCAACCUGACUGAUUUGAACCUGACUAAGAAUGAGAUCUCCUACAUUGAGGAUGGGGCUUUCAUGGGUCAGUCAAACCUCCAGGUCCUACAGCUGGGCUACAACAAACUCACCAACCUGACAGAGGGCAUGUUGCGGGGUAUGGCCCGUCUCCAGUUCCUCUUUGUGCAGCAUAACCUAAUUGAGCUGGUCACCCCUACCGCCUUCUCAGAGUGCCCCAGCUUGAUUAGCAUUGACCUGUCAUCCAACCGCCUCAGCCGUCUGGAGGGCAACACUUUCACCAGCUUGAGCAACCUGAUGGUGUGUGAGCUGGCUGGCAACCCCUUCAACUGUGACUGUAGCCUCUACAGCUUUCUUAACUGGCUGGCUCUCUUCAACAACGUUACCAAGAAUUAUGACCGCCUCCAGUGUGAGACCCCACGAGAGUUUGCUGGGUAUCCACUUCUGGUGCCUCGGCCUCACCACAACCGCAAUGCCAUCACCAUCUUCCAGUCCAUGUGCAGAGGGGGCACCAUCCCCUCCCUCUCCAGGGUCAACCCAACUCCUUACACCCCUGACUCCCAGAGAGAUCUGGAUGAGGGAUCAGCCAUCAGCCCUGGGGAUUUCCUCUCAGUCAAGCCUCCAGCCUCUUCCACCACUGACUCCUCCUUCAGUCCCAGCAUCAAGUUACAUGAUGUCACAAUCACUUCUGCCAUCCUGAUGGUCACCAUCCCCAUGCCCUACAGUAAGAUGUAUGUGCUGGUCCAAUACAACAACAGCUACGUUUCUGACAUAGCAACACUGAAGAGCAAGAAGGAAUAUGUCACUGUCAAUAAGCUGAAGGCCCACACUGAUUAUACAUUUUGUGUGGCCUCUAUCCGCAACAACAGGCGUUACAACCAUACUUGCCUGACCUUUGCAACCCGGAGCAAAGGCAGGGAGGAUCCUAUUUCCAGUACUUCCACCACUACACACUAUAUUAUGACCACCCUGGGUUGCCUCUUUGGGAUGGUCAUUGUCCUGGGGGUGGUGUACUACUGCCUGCGGAAGCGGAGGAUGCAGGAAGAGAAACAGAAGUCACUCAAUGUCAAAAAGACCAUUCUGGAAAUGCGUUAUGGAUCAGAUAUUGAUACCAGUACCAUGGUCCAUCCUUCCCAGAAGCUGGGUGAGCCACCUGUCAUUCCUGUCUCGCGGAUGUCCUCCAUCCCUUCCAUGAUUGGGGAGAAGUUGCCCCCAUCAAAGUCAAUGGAUUCUGGGAUGGAGACUCCUAAAGUCACCACAAAAGGUAACUACAUUGAGGUGCGGACUGGUGGUGGGGAUGGGCUGGAGAGAACCCAGCGAGAUGAGGAUCUGAGGGAGCUUGACAAUGGGCAAGGCUCAGCUGCUGAGAUCUCUACUAUAGCCAAGGAGGUAGACAAGGUCAACCAGAUCAUCAACAACUGUAUUGAUGCCCUCAAGCUGGACACAGCAUCUUUUCUGGGUGGUGGGACUGGUGUUGACUCAGAUAUGGCCUUUGAGUGCCAGUCCAUCCCAGCUGGUUCCUCGACUGGGCUAGAGCGGCCCAGCUUUCUUUCCCCACCCUACAAGGAAAGCUCCCACCACCCUUUGCAGCGCCAGCUCAGUGCUGAUGCUGCUGUGGCCAGAAAGACCUGCAGUGUCUCCUCUAGCGGCUCCAUCAAGAGCGCCAAGGUCUUCAGCUUGGAUGUGCCUGACCACCCACCACUCAGCAAGUCUGAUUCCAAAUACAUUGAGAAGGGCAGCCCACUAAACAGCCCUUUGGAUCGUCUUCCCUUGGUGUCUCCAAGUGCCAUCCACCACUUGGAGGUCAAGCCUUCUUACCAUUGCAGCGAGCACCGUCACUCCUUCCCGGCCCUGUACUAUGAAGAAAGUGCUGACACCUUGAGCCAGCGGGUGUCAUUCCUCAAGCCACUCUCCCGGUCCAAGCGAGAUUCCACAUACUCCCAGCUCUCCCCCAGACACUACUUCUCGGGCUACUCCUCCAGCCCCGAGUACUCCUCAGAGAGCACCCACAAGAUCUGGGAGCGAUUCCGGCCUUACAAGAAGCAUCACAGGGAGGAGGUUUACAUGGCAGCUGGGCAUGCCCUGCGGAAGAAAGUUCAAUUUGCCAAGGAUGAGGAUUUGCAUGACAUACUGGAUUACUGGAAAGGAGUCUCUGCUCAGCAGAAGCUGUGACUCUUCCUCACAAGGAAACAAUACAAACCAAGACCCCCCUCCAACAACCAGAAAAAAAAGCCACUUGACUGUGAAAAAUAAACCAACAACAAAAUACUCCUGACAAAUACAAAACUGACAAAACCUUUUCUUAAAAAGUUUACAACUCUUACACACGCAGACACACACACUGACACACACACAUGCUGAAUUGUCUCUACUGUGUUACGGGGACCAUUGUUCUGUCCGCAGA